UUAAAACUAAUUCGGCCCAGUUAGCCUUCCAUUCUUACUCCAUUUAACACUGGUUUGAGCAGGAAGAUAGACGCACACCGGUCUCAUAACGACCUUGAUCUUGAAAAUAGUAGACUUGGAGGAUGGCCCUCCACAUAAAGCCAUUCAGACACCGUCCGCUUAUUAGCAUCAAUAUGCGAGUUAUCCGAAGAUCUGCCUCGGAUCCGCUGCAAAUCAGUCAUUGAUCAACUGCACGUAGGCAAAUUAACAUGAAUUUGUACACUCGUAUAAUCCCAACAAACCAUAGACCAAAACAAAAAUCAAAACAAAGAGGCCUACGAGUCAGCCAAAGGGGAAGCCCCCAUACUUCACGGUUCGAGUGCUGAGUUCUUUGUGGAGUUGCAGGCAUAACUAUAAAUAGCUCUUCAAUCGCGUCAUUGGCAUGCAGAAAUUGUGGGGCACGCGAAUCGGUAUCAAUCGAGUUUGGCAAGGAACCGCCCCAAGAGUUCUUCUCUUCGAGCCCGAAACUGUGGAGCCUAUUCUAAACAGCCAGAAGUUUGUAAACAAGAGCCACGACUACGACUAUCUGCAUCCUUGGCUGGGUGAGGGUCUUCUGACCAGCACCGAUCGCAAAUGGCAUUCCCGCAGGAAGAUUCUUACACCUGCAUUCCACUUCAAAAUAUUGGACGACUUCAUUGACGUCUUCAAUGAGCAGAGCGCAGUUUUGGCCAGAAAAUUGGCCGUCGAGGUGGGCAGCGAGGCGUUCAACCUGUUCCCAUACGUCACGCUAUGCACUUUGGACAUUGUCUGCGAGACUGCCAUGGGUCGCAGAAUCUAUGCCCAGAGCAACAGCGAGUCGGAAUACGUAAAGGCGGUCUACGGCAUCGGUUCCAUUGUCCAGAGUCGUCAGGCCAAGAUUUGGCUGCAAAGUGAUCUCAUUUUCCGGUUGACUUCGGACUACAAACUUCACCAGAGCUAUAUAAAUACUCUGCACGGAUUUUCCAACAUGGUCAUUCGAGAACGUAAAGCUGAACUGGCCAUUCUUCAGGAAAACAACAACAAUAAUAACAAUGAAGCCCCCGAUGCCUAUGAUGACUUGGGAAAAAAGAAACGUCUGGCAUUCCUUGACCUUUUGAUCGAUGCCUCAAAGGAAGGCACUGUGCUCUCGAAUGAAGACAUUCGCGAGGAAGUGGAUACCUUUAUGUUCGAGGGACAUGACACCACUUCAGCUGCCAUUUCCUGGACCCUGUUUUUGCUGGGCUGUCAUCCGGAGUACCAAGAACGUGUGGUUGAAGAAUUAGACUCGAUCUUUGGCGAUGACAAGGAGACUCCGGCCAGUAUGAAAAACCUGCUGGACAUGCGUUACUUGGAGUGCUGCAUCAAGGACUCGCUUCGCCUUUUCCCUAGUGUGCCGAUGAUGGCUCGUAUGGUCGGCGAGGAUGUGAAUAUUGGAGGCAAGCUUGUGCCAGCUGGAACACAGGCGAUUAUCAUGACCUAUGCCCUGCACCGCAACCCGCGUGUCUUCCCUAAGCCAGAGCAGUUCAAUCCGGACAACUUCCUGCCAGAGAACUGCGCCGGACGCCAUCCCUUCGCCUAUAUUCCCUUCAGUGCCGGACCCCGGAACUGCAUCGGUCAGAAGUUCGCCAUCCUGGAGGAGAAGGCUGUGAUCUCCACGGUGCUGCGGAAGUACAAGAUCGAGGCCGUAGACCGACGGGAGGACCUCACGCUCCUGGGCGAACUCAUCCUGCGUCCCAAGGACGGCCUCCGGGUGAAGAUCACACCCCGUGAUUGAGAAACUUGUCCCUGAGAACGGGAAUUUCUUCCCCUUCAAUUCGAUCCAAAGUGCAUAUAAUGUAAAUAAUUAGAAUUAACCGGAAUUAGCAUAGCGAUAGAGACUAGUUUAUGUUAAACUUUGUAACCGAUGUAAUAUUCAUAAGCUUAAGAACAAACUUGAU